CCGGCGUUCGAUCCGUGCUCGUGUUUUGGAUUGUUUGCUCACCACUGACAGCAGCUCUACAAGUUGCACCUGAGCUACAACCCUUGGUACUGCCUCAUGAAGUGAUGACAGGCAUAGCCGUCAAGCUGUUCUGCAACGUUCAAAAGGGUAGUAAGCCUCUAACGUUCGUCUGGACAAAAGAUGACCACGUCGUGAAAAACGGUGUGACGUCCCUGGAAGAUUUCUCUACGCUCACCAUGGACCCCGUGACGACAGAUAGUGGAGGGAACUACACGUGCAUUGUGAGCAACAGUGUCGGCUCGGACAGAUACACGUCAAAGCUCGAAGUCAAAGAGCCUCCACGCUGGAUAACAGAGCCUGUAGACGUUUCAGCAGUGGAAGGGGAGGACCCGCACAUUCAAUGUGUAGCGGCCGGAAUGCCGAAGCCUUUGGUCACCUGGUCCCGCUGCGUACUGCCAGAGGCGUCACGUGACAAAUGCGAAGAUUCUGGACAAAGGAAAGUCAUAGACACACAAGAAGGAAUCCUCAAGUUUUCGGAGAUCAAGAGACAGCACGAAAGUGCGUACGCUUGCAGCGUCCACAACGGCAUCGGAAAGGGUUUGCUGAAGGUGAUCAGAGUUCGAGUAAACGGAAGCUUCAUAACCCAAUUGUUCAGGAGGGAAGGCGACUACCUAGCAUUACAAUUGAACAAUGAUAAAUUCUGGAAAUAAAAUUAUGAUACAUGUAUGCGUCUGACUCGAACUCUACAUUCUCCGACCUCAAAACCAACUGCCAUAACGUACGGUGUCACUUGUCACGCUAUGAAAUGAAAGCUGCAUUGUUUUGAGCGUAUUCUGCAUGUUCUUGCCUAAUUGCCCUCUUUCAGAUAUUGCGCAAAAUCUAUGUUCUCACUACAGAGGACAUAGUCCUCAUGUCACAAACAGUAAACCCCAAAAGGUUUACAAACACCCGAUGCUUCCCGUGCAAAGAUGGAAAGAGAGUAUAGCCCCAAAAGGGCACGACACGGUACUGCUCGACCGGGCAACGGUAAAACCGCAAGUGCUCGUCUUUCGUUCGCUGUACUGCACAUGAGAAGUUUAAGCGCGCGAUCUUUUUUAACCAGCGGUGGUUACCAAUCAAUAAUGUGAGAACUUAUGUGUGUUUGCAGUGCCGGCGAAGUUCACGGAGAAGCACAUAACAGUGACGGCGCGUCGAGGUGAG